AUGAAAUUUGUAACCUUGAUUGCGCUGUCCUUUGUCUCCACAAAGGUCGAUGCGUUUCAAACAGCAUCUAAGCCAUGGGCAAGUAGUAACGUUGGCAAGUCGGCUCUUUACGUCGAAAAGAAAAAGGUGGUUGUGAUCGGAAAUGGUAUGGUAGGACAGCGUUUCAUGGAAAAGCUGCUCGAUCACGCUGGAGACGACGUCGAAGUGUCUACCUUCUGCGAAGAGCCCCUUGCUGCUUAUAACCGCGUCAAACUGACAAGCUAUUUCGAAACUCGUAAUCCUUCCGAUCUAAGCAUGACGUCGGAAUUCGACAACCAAGGUUCUACUUCCUGGUACGACGAGAAUGGAGUGAAGAUCUUUAUGAAAGACAAGGCCGUUUCAAUUGACACGGACAAGAAGACCGUCACCGGUGCUUCUGGCCGAGAAAUCAACUAUGACGCUUGUGUCUUGGCCACAGGAUCGUUUCCCUUUGUACCUCCGAUCCCUGGAAAGCAACGUCCUGGUGUCUUCGUCUACCGAACCAUUGAAGACCUUGAAGCCAUGUUGGCCUAUGCGAAGGAAAACAACGUGAAGUCAGCUGCUGUGAUCGGAGGUGGUUUACUUGGACUUGAGGCAGCAAAAGCCGUCAAGGAUAUGGGAAUUACCUCGCACAUUAUUGAAUUUGCUGAUAUUCUCAUGUGCCGCCAACUUGAUGAAGGAGGACAUGGCGCAUUGGUGGGAAAAAUCGAAGAAAUGGGACUUCAUGUGCAUUGCGGUGCUCGGACUGAAUCAUUCGUUGGCACGGAUGGCUCCACGGACAAUGAUUCCAUGGCUCCUGUUGCGGCACUGAAGUUCAGCAACGGCUGGGAUGACCUACCUGUUGAAAUGGUUGUCGUUUCGGCCGGAAUCAAGCCUCGAGAUGAGAUUGCUCGUGACUCUGAAUCGAUCGAGAUCGGAGAGCGUGGCGGUGUGGUCGUUGAUGACUACCUUCGAACAUCCCAAGACGGAGUUUAUGCUGUCGGUGAAAUUGCCCUACACAAGAAUUUUAUCUAUGGCUUGAUCGCUCCUGGUUACAUUAUGGCCGAUGUCUGUUCCAAAGCUGUUGCUCAUGAUCUGGGGAUCAAGGUUUCCGACCAAGCUCCUAGCUUCACUGGUGCCGAUAUGUCUACUAAGCUCAAGCUACUGGGAUGCGAUGUGGCUUCUUUCGGUGUCAACCAACCCAAACCUGACGAUUUGGAUGUGCAGGAACUGGUGUGGAACGAUCCUUUUGGUGGUAUCUACAGAAAACUCAUUUUCAACAAAGCUGGAACAAGACUUCGUGGUGGAAUCUUGGUCGGGGAUGCAUCUGAUUAUACACAGCUCCAUAAGUUGGCCGUCGGAGAUGAGGACUUUCCUGAUGAUGUCACACCUGCGAUGCUUCUACCCCCAGCUUCCUGCAAAUCUGCAGCAGCUGAUAACAGAGAAGAAGUUCCUUCUGAUCCCAAUGCCCAGAUUUGUUCUUGCAACGACAUUACGCGAGGAAAUGUAGUCGAGAUAAUUCGUGAGCUUGGUGUAGAAGGCGCUUCCCUAGCCGAGGUGAAAAAGUGCUCAAAGGCCGGAACUGGGUGCGGCGGUUGUGAACCACUCGUCAAGUCAAUUCUGAAAACAGAACUGGAAGCGAUGGGGGGAGCCAUGUCUAAUAACAUCUGUGAACAUUUCGACUAUUCUCGCCAGGAGUUAGUUGCUUUGAUGCGGGCUGAGAAAGAUCCAUCAAACGUUGAUUCCUUUGACAAAGUCUUGGAGAAAUUUGGACACGGCAAUGGUUGCGAAGCCUGCAAACCAACUGUUGGUUCUAUCCUUGCAUCAUUGCAAAACAAAAUGGUCCUUGGAGAUGAACGCUAUCAGAUGCAAGACACAAAUGACCGCGCUCUGGCAAACAUGCAACGUGGGGGUACAUACUCCGUGGUUCCUCGUGUUCCAGGAGGCGAGCUUACUCCAGAACAACUUAUUGUUUUGGGGGAAGUUGCGAAGAAGUACAACCUUUAUUGCAAAAUCACCGGCGGGCAACGUGUAGACUUGUUUGGGGCAGCGAAACACGAGCUACCAUCUAUUUGGGAGGAGCUUGGAAAGGUUGGAUUUGAAUCAGGUCAUGCGUACGGAAAAGCACUGCGAACUGUGAAGUCUUGCGUAGGUUCGACAUGGUGUCGAUAUGGCGUGCAAGACUCCGUCUCGUUUGCAGUCAGGGUUGAAAACCGAUACAAGGGUAUCAGGUCUCCACACAAGAUGAAGUCGGCAGUAUCUGGAUGUGUUCGAGAAUGCGCUGAAGCUCAAGGCAAGGAUUUCGGAAUGAUCGCAACAGAAAAUGGGUAUAACUUAUACGUCGGAGGCAAUGGAGCAACUAAUCCAGUCCACGCCCUGCUGUUGGCUGCUGACAUUGACGAAGAUACUGUCUUGAAAUACCUCGACCGAUACAUUAUGUACUACAUCUUGACUGCCGACAAGUUGGAGAGAACUGCAGUUUGGCAGAGUAAGCUUCCUUCUGGGAAGAAUGGUGGGGGUCCUAUCGAGCAUCUCAAGGAAGUGAUCAUUGAAGAUUCUCUUGGUCUUUGCGAAGAGCUUGACAGCCGUAUGCAGCACUUGGUGGACACGUAUCACGAUGAAUGGGCCGAGGUUGUUAACGAUCCAAAAUUGCGAAAGCAGUUUGAUCAGUUUGCAAAUACAGACGAAAACAUCGACAAAGACAGCAUGAUCGAGUUCAUUGACAUGCGUGGACAAGCGAGACCUGCCGAUUGGCCGAAGGAUGGACAGCCUCAAACAAACUGGGUCGCUCCUUCUGGUGACGUUUUCAUUAACUCUGAAAAAUAUUGGGUGGAAGUGGGGUUGGUUUCAGACUUCUUGCCAAACGUUGGAACUCCCAUUCUCUAUGGAGAUUCUCAACUUGCAGUGUUCAAUAACAAGCAAAGAGGAGAAUGGUACUGUACCCAGAACAUGUGCCCUCACAAACAGGCAUUCGUUUUGUCUCAAGGUAUCAUAGGAGAUACAAACGAUGUCCCAAAGGUUGCGUGUCCUCUUCAUAAAAAGGCAUUCAGCCUUGAGAAUGGACAACAGAUUAAUGAUGACGGAAACCUCAGUAUCUUCACUUUCCCAGUAAAGAUCGAAGGAGACAAGGUGCUUGUCGAACUUCCAGCUGAACCAGAAGUCGAUGCCAUUCUAGGUACACAUGGCCUACGUGUUCAAAAGACCGACUGCAUUGACAUCGCUGGUGACGCCAUGAAGGUCGCACCAAAGCCGAACAAAUUCUCGAAUGUGUAG